AUGCCAGAAGAACCAAUUCCAUUAUAUAGAAUAAAAGAUGUUUGGGCACAUAAUGUUGAAGAAGAAUUUCGUUCUAUACGAAAAUUAAUUCUUAAAUAUCCGUUUGUUGCUAUGGAUACGGAAUUUCCAGGUAUUGUCGUUCGACCCCUAGGUGAAUUUAAAACAACAGCUGAAUAUCAAUAUCAAUGUUUAAAGUUAAAUGUGGACUUUUUAAAAAUCAUUCAAUUGGGUUUAACAUUUAUGGAUAGUCAAGGAAAAAGUCCACCGGGUGUCUGUUCAUAUCAGUUCAAUUUUAAUUUUAACUUAACAAUGGAUAUGUAUGCACAAGAUUCUAUUGAAUUGUUACAAAAAUCUGGAAUACAAUUUAAAAAACAUGAAGACGAAGGUAUUGAUCCACAUUUAUUUGCUGAACUAUUAACAACAUCAGGUGUUGUAUUUAUGGAAAAUAUUACAUGGCUUUCAUUUCAUGCUGGUUACGAUUUUGGUUAUUUAUUAAAAAUGUUAACAGGAAAAUUAUUACCUGAUACCGAAAAUGAUUUUUUUGAUUUAUUAAAAAUAUUUUUUCCAACAAUUUAUGAUGUUAAAUAUUUAAUGAAGAGUUGCAAAAGUCUCAAAGGUGGUCUCGAAGAAGUAACUAAGCAACUUGACAUUGAACGUAUCGGUCCACAACAUCAAGCUGGUAGUGAUAGUCUCAUGACUGGCUUAUCGUUUUUUAGAAUGAAAGAAUUAUUUUUCGAAGAUUCAAUUGAUGAAGGAAAAUAUUCAGGACAUUUAUAUGGUCUGGGAAAUUCAGCAUUUCCAGCUGGUGGCUUUGUUUUUGAAAAUGAUCCUGUAAAUGUUAUUGAGAAUGAAAGUCCAUGA